CUGCAGGUCGAAGGUGGUAUGCAGGACUUGAAAGAUAAACAAGAGAUAUCAGAGGCUAAGCUGCAGCUUGCAACUCUUCAAAUGUUAAAGGGUCACCAGCAAUUGGAAAACCAAAGGAGCAAUGUACAAACAAUUUCAACUCAGGGAGUAUUGUCAUCUGCCCCUCAACAAAGCCACCAACCACAUUCAACUCCUGUUGCUGGUCUACAACUUUCUUCUUUUCCUCCUAAUGUUCCCCCAAUCCAACCUCAUCAGAAUUUGCCACCAGCACCUGCAGCACAAGUUCAUACCCACUCACCUCAGAAUCAAAUCCCUUCUGUUCAACAGACAGAUUCUAACUACUCGCCACCUGUGUUGAAUCCACAACCCGCACCUCAGAUAUACUAUAUGCCUCAAGUUCAGCAGUCGCUACCACCACCCAUAGCACCAUAUCAAUAUUAUCCACCAGCACCACAUCUUUCACCAACCUCACAAUUACAACGGCUACCUCAAUUGCACCCGCCUCUCAAUGCAGUUGAUCCACGAGCCCAGUCUUCAUUGGUUCAUAAUCCUGGAGAAACCCCCUACAUGUUAUCACAAAGAUAUCCUCCAAGCAUGCACAAAUCCCCUAAUGCAACUGGCAUGACUCUCCCAACCCAACAACAGUACAUGGGUUCUUUCCAGUAUACGCAUGAUCAAUCCACAAGAAAUCAUUGUUCAGAUUUAUCUGCUGGGCAUAUGCAACCAGUUCAACAUUCAACUCUUGAUGAUUUUUAUUCCCAUGAAGGAUCUCCAUCUCACAACAGCGGUUCAAAAACGAAACACUCACAAAUCUUGCCAGCCUCUUUAGACCGUUCUGGUGGAAGCAGCAUUUCGAGACUGCCAACUGCCCAGGUGUUGCCAUAUGCAAUACCUAUGGCCUCGAGUAUGGAUAAGGAGUCAAGUUCUGGUGCGACUGGAAACAGAAUACCAAUUGAUAAUGUCGUUGAUGAGGUUGUAACAAUGGGAUUCCGAAGGGACAUAGUCAGAGCAACAGUGAAGAAAAUGACUGAGAAUGGGCAAUCAGUGGACAUUAAUGUUGUGCUGGAUAAGCUGAUGAACAAUGGAGAAGUUGAACCCCAAAGUGGUGGAUUUGGCCGGUAAUAUGCUGAUGUUGUUGAUAUGAUUUAUGAAGUAUAUUUAAUUAUAUGUUUUUAUUUUAGUUGUUCUUUUUCUUUUUUACUCUGUUGUUUUGCAAUGUGCUUCUAGAUCUGGAUCAAUGUAUAAUUAUCCCCCUGUCUUUGCUUUCCUUUUCUUUAUUUAUUGAUGUAAAUAGUGUGUAAAUAUAAAGCGACUGGUGACUUGAAAUUUGUUGUGUGUUUCAUGUGAAUGUAAAUUACUAGCUUUCACCAAA